GGCCAUCCUUUUUCACCCGACACAUGCCAAGGGAAACAUGUAUACAAGACUCAAUUCAAGCACAGUAUGGGAUACAUAACCUCCGGCAAGAACGAUGAUGCUACGGUACGCUUUUGUGGUAAUCGGAUUAGCCAAGGGAAGUACUUCAUCGAGCCAACAAUCUUUGCGGAGUGCCAGCCUGACAUGAAAAUUGUUAGAGAAGAGAUAUUUGGCUCUGUCGUGUGCGUCGUGAAGUUCGAGACCAAAGAUGCAAUCCACGUUGCACAUGCUCUCGAAUCCAGUACUGAUGGGUUCGUUUCUUCGUUAUUUCAUCUCGCGCAUUUGUGGUGUAAUGAUGCCUGGCAGAUAAACUGCGCCAACCAGACUGAAAUAUUGAUGCCCUUUGGAGGCUUUAAGCAGUUCAGAAUUCGACGUGAACUGAGCGAACAUGCUUUGAAAAGUAAGCUCGUGUCCUUCAAAUAA